GCCUCAGCGUGCCGCUAUGGGUCCUCCCGGAGGAAAGAUCAAUCGUCCCCGCACGGAGCUGAAGAAGUUAUUCAAGCGCCGGAGGGUGCUGAGCAGGGAUCGGCGACGGAAGCGCCAGGUGGUCGGGGCUGUGAUAGACGCGGGGCUGACCACAAGGCACCACCUCAAGAAGCGGGCAUCCAGUGCACGUGCCAACAUCACGCUGUCCGGGAAGAAGCGCAGGAAACUCCUGCAGCAAAUCCGCCUUGCUCAGAAAGAAAAGGCAGCCAUGGAAGUGGAAAACCCCUCCAAGCCAUCCAGGACUAGUGAGCCACAGCCCAAAAGACAAAAGAAGAUGAAAGUUCCCCAGGAUGUAGAUAUGGAGGAUCUGGGAGAUGAGACUAAGCCCCUACCUCUGCUAUGAGAAGAUUCUCAACAGCAGCCAGAGGAUUUGGAGGACUGUGAAGAAAAUACUACCAUAUUUCACUCUCUCAGACACCCUUGAGUGGCCCACUGACCUUCCCUGGAGUUACAUAUUGGGAGGGAAGAAGACGCAGAAAAAGACUGGAGAGGUCCCGCUCUAGCAACCAACUCCUUUUGUAAUAAAGCCCUGGAGGUUUAACUAACAUGUGAUGAAGUGCAGGAAUGGGGAGGGGCCCUAUAAGAAGAAGGCCUUUGAGAGACAGUCCAGAAGCAGGACACACAGUGUGCUUGAGCAGAGCAGUAAGAAACUAGGUAUUGCAGCGCCUGGUGGUGCUCACUUUUAAUCCUGGCACUUUGAGGCAGAGGCAGGUGGAUUUCUGUUCUAGACUAGCUUGUUCCUGGUCAGCCAGGGCUACAUGAUAAAACCCUAUCUCAAAAAGAAACUAGGUAGCUUCUAAAGUGGUCCCCAUCUUUCUAUACAGUAACACUCCCAAUUUUCCAUUUUUGAAAACUGGAGGUUAUUGGAUGAUAGGUGGCGAGACAAGGAAUCUGCCACUAUACCUGUGUGACCUGGGAUUAUAGUAAGGACAUUUUUUUUUAAACUGGUCAUGGUGGUGGUUCUGGGAGUCAAACCCAGGGCCCCAUCCAUUCUAGGCUUUCUUUUUGCCAUCUACAUCCUGAGCACCUGUAUGUCUCAAUUUCUCUAUCAGCACUCAUGCAGUAGGGAGACAGGGUCUUCGUUAUAUAGCCCAGGUCUGUUUUGAACAUGUGAUCCCUCUGCUUCUGCCUCCACAGUGCUGGGAUUAUGGGUAUGAGACAUGCACAGCCCCCUUUCCUAACUUGCCUUUACCAUUGCAAACAUCUAAAUAGAUGGAGGGCUUGACACCAAGCCCAACAAACUGAGUCCCAUCCCUGUGACCUUAACAGUGGAAGGAGAGCCAACUCUCCAAAGUUGUCCUCUGGCUUCCACGCUUGCAUUUUGGUAAGCAUGGUCCCCCAUAUAUAUAGUAAAUGUAACAACAAAGCACAACCAAACACAUUAAAAAAUUAGACGUGGACUUGCA